AUGGGUGAGAACAUCAUCGACGCCCACGAGGAUGAAUGGAGAUAUAUUGCAUCGGUGAUGAAGCCGGGCAUCCAGCGAACUUUUAGCAUCGCCUCAUUGGUGAAGAAAUCCCAAAAGCUUGCAAGACUUUUUCUCGAGACCCAGAGGCUCAACGCUCCCGAGAAUUCAGGAGUUACUGUGGAUCCAUUGACGCACCGCUGGUCUGUUUCCACGUACUGCGAGUAUUUCCUUGAUGUUGAAGUAGAAUGUCUGGAGCGAAGUGAUGUGCGACUGGAAAAACUCAUGGGCAAAAUGGGCGACUCUGUGAUCCCACUUGCUCCGUUGUUUACCGAAUUUCCCAUUAUUGAGCGGCUUUGGUGGUUAUUUCCUGACCGUCGUCGUGCCUUUGGAUAUGUGGAUGAGAUCGAGAAACAAUUGGUUGCAUACACGGAACAACACAUGAAAAUCCCACCCUCUCCUGAAAACGCGGACAAAAUGAUACACGGACUACAGCGCGCCCGUGCAGAGGGGAGUCUAUCCGAAUAUCGCUAUCGCUCCAACCUCAAUAUGUUGUUCGUUGCAGGAACGGAAAAUAUCCAGAUAGCACUCACAUCUGCCAUGUGGGAGUUGGCAAAGAAUUUGGAUCUCCAGAGCGCUGUUCGUGACGAGGUUAUAGAUUCCUUACCUGGUACAUAUUCUGGAAAAGACAUCAAUAAUCUGCCACGACUGACUUCCCUCUGCCUCGAAACCCUCCGCCUAUACCCACCUCUCAGUCAGCUUGUUGGCCGGUACGCACUAGAUGACAUGCCUCUUGAUGAGGAAAAUGUGAUUCCUAAGGGUACAUGGGUUGGAUGGAGCGCAUAUGGUGUACAGACAGACCCAAAUGUCUGGGGUCCACGAGUGAGGGAGUUUAAUCCCUCACGAUGGGGUACGACCAUCGAGCAGAUCAACGACGCUUUCCGCAUGCACCAGGCAAAGGGCAAUUUUAUUACAUUUAACGGGUAUACACGCCGGUGCUUGGGGAGUCAUUUCGCUCUGACUCAGUUCAAGGUUGUGCUGUGUGAGCUUUUGAGGGCGCUCAAGUGGACCAGAGAUCCAAGCUACAAGCUGGAAACUACAGUGCGAGUUUUGAUGGGGCCGUCGAAGUCCCGACUGAUAUUCACAGAGCUGGGCGAUGAGCGUAGUUAG